AUGGCGCCUCAAAGCUUGGAUCUUGGGCUGAGUCUCGGCCUGGGCGUGGCGGUGUUUCAGCCCAGCUUCUGCCACCCCGGCAAUGCCGCCGUCGCCGCGGCGGCGGAGCGGGAGGCCAGCCCGGAUGCGGCGGAGGAGAGGGAGCGGAGGUGCUCGCCCGCCGGCAGCCCGGUGUCCAGCGGCAGCGGCAGCGGGAAGCGCGCCGCGGCGGAGAGGUCGUCCGGCAGCGGCAGCAGCGACGAGGGCGACGACGGGGCCGCUCGCAAGAAGCUGCGGCUGUCCAAGGACCAGGCCGCCGUGCUCGAGGAGUGCUUCAAGACGCACCACACCCUCACUCCGAAGCAGAAGGUGGCGCUGGCCAGCAGCCUGGCCCUCCGGCCGCGGCAAGUGGAGGUGUGGUUCCAGAACCGCCGCGCCCGGACCAAGCUCAAGCAGACGGAGGUGGACUGCGAGUACCUCAAGCGCUGGUGCGAGCAGCUCGCCGAGGAGAACCGCCGCCUGGGCAAGGAGGUCGCCGAGCUCAGGGCGCUCAGCGCCGCGCCGGCGCCGGCGGCCCCGCUCACCACCCUCACGAUGUGCCUCUCCUGCAGGCGCGUCGCCUCCUCCUCAUCCCCUUCGUCUAACACAUCGCCGCCCAACAUCACCGCCGCGCACGCGCACGCCGCAGCAGCUGCUGCCAAUGGUGGGAGCAUGGCGUCUCCGGCGGCGGCGGCGACGUUGCCCGCCCACCGGCAGUUCUUCUGCGGGUUCACAGACGCCGGGGCAGCCGCCGCCGCAGUGUACGGGAUCUCAGCUGGGCUCGCAAAGGCGGUCAGAGCGGCCAGAUAG